GUGAAACUGAAGAAGAAGAAUCCUUGUCCACCUGUGAACCAACAACUCCUCUCUCAAUGGCGGUGCUGCUCAGACCCUGGCUGGUCCUUCUGGCCGCCCUGCUGCUGGUCCUGGUCUGCUUCGGAACGCUGGCUGACGCCUACCCCCCCAAACCGGAGAACCCGGGAGAGGAUGCCCCCCCCGAGGAGCUGGCCAAGUACUACACUGCCCUGAGGCACUACAUCAACCUGAUCACCAGGCAGAGGUAUGGGAAGCGCUCUGCUCAGGAGGACGUGGUCGCAGAGCUGCUGUUUGGAGACAGAGAACAGAGGUCAAGAUACGAGGACUCCUACAUGUGGUGAUCCGUCCCCCUCCCACAAUGCACCUGGCCACUCGUGCCUCUCACCUCUGACCCCGACCUGUCUUACAUCUCACUCAUAACAUCACAACUGUACAUAAUUUAUUAUUGAUAUAAAACAAUAUAUAAGAGAUCAGAGCUAUUAAUCAGAAAGUGUAACUGUGUCCGUGUGUGUGUGUGUGUGUGUGUGUGUGUGUGUGUGUGUGUGUGUG